UGAAACGUUGAAGUGCGUCUGCUAUGGUCAGAAGCGGCUCUCCUUGUCAAACUGGUGUGUCUCCCUAACAUCUGUUAAGAGGCUAAUAUUAUCCGGUUGUCUUGUGCUUUCGAAAGACAUGGCAAGUCUCGCUGCAUUGCCUAACCUUGAAGUGCUUAAACUUAGAGAUAAUGAGUUUGAAGGUAAUGCUUGGAUACUAAGUGAUGAAGACGAGUUUAGUCAGCUAAAAUUUCUACUGGUUGCUGAGCCACGUCUAGUGAACUGGGAAGCUGCUAGUGUUAACUUCCCCAAUCUUCAAAAGUUAGUUUUGAGGAAAUGCAUCCGUCUCGAGGAAAUUCCAAUCAAUAUUGGGGAGAUAUGUACAUUGGAGGUGAUUGAAUUGAUCUGCUGCAGCUCUUCUGCUGAGAAUUCAGCCAAAGAAAUUCAAGAUGAACAAGAGAGCAUGGGAAAUUCUUGUCUUGAUAUUCGCGUUUAUGCUGAUGAUGAUGAAUCUUCCUCGUUGUUCGACUUCUGGAGGGCAGUACUAGAUUGAGCUUGAGUUGAUAAAUCUAUAUUUUACUGUGCUAAGUUUCUAGUUAUUGUUCCUUCAAUUAGGCAUCAUAUUUUCUUAAUAUUGUAAGUUGAACAGGAUUCUUUAUGCAUUUAUCUGUUUCUAGACUAACUUAUAGUUUGAUUCCACUGAAACUUAACUUGUAAUUUCCUGCAUAGUACUAUUACAAGCAUUUGGAGAACGUUGGAAUGCCAAAGGGUUCUGCAAUACAGAGAUCAAACUCCCUACUCAAAUCUUUAUGCAGAAGUGUUGCUUGAUUAUAUGAGAGUUAAAAAUGAAAAGCAUGUCGAAAGCUCCAUUGACUUGUGUUCAUAACUAACAUCAGUAGUAAAGUCUAAUAGCUCUUUCCGAAUGGACAUCUGAGAUAACAUCAAGUUGAGCACUACAGAAAUCUGGGUUGCUAGGGUUGCUAGUAAGUAGGAUUGUUAAGCCUUCUAGGCUCUAAUAUAGGUGAUGCCUUCCCAAGGUAUGGUCUCUUCAGUACACUGUGAGAACAGAUUCGGCAUGUUGCUCACUAAACCUCCAUAUUAUCUAACAAGUCGAGUCUUCUGUCAGUCAUAUAAAACACCAACACAAGAAAAAACUGUUGCUUAUAAAGUGUAGAUGCCCAAGAAAUCAAGCGGUUCUUGAUUUAGAUACAAUAUGGUUAUUUACCUUGAGCCAUACAAUAGCGAAUUAGCGAUGAUCGGAGCAGAGUGUGAUAUGUAACAUAUUUUCCUACCUAGCUUUAAAUUAACCCAGAAAUAUUUGAGUUGUAUAUUUUGGUGAGGUUAAAUCAUGAAAUCUACUUUUUAAUAGACAUAACGCUUUACGAUUCUUAAAAUCUCAGUUUAAGAUGUGAUCAUCCUUACUUGAGAUGUGCAAAAUUAGCAAAGAUCAGAAGAAAACAGUGACUCCCUACCUAACUCUAUAUUAAUCUAGGAUGAGUUGUCUUUUAGUAAUAUUUAGUUCGUGCUCUGGCAAAUUAAAAUGUUCUCACUGUGAAGACUUUUGAUUUACUGCGUAAUUAUUUAACUAAAGUUGUACAAAACCGACAGAAAAUGUCGAAAAUUCAUUGACAAAUUCUUCUUUAUAUACAUAAUUUGAUAUCCGAAAUUGGAAAAAAAUUGAUGUUUUCAAACGUGAACUAAGUUCAAAAUUAGGAUUACGAAUUGCUACUUUAUUCAAUAUGUUAAGCCCUAUCUCUAAACCUUCGAAGCACACCAAUUAUUGUGUUUAUAUGAAUUUAACGAACUUAAAAGUACAACCAGGUUAAUUUGAUUUUGCAAAUGUUUUUUUAUUUUUCUACCCUUUCUAGUCGACAUAGUACGAAGUACGAGAGUCAAAUUAACUAUUUCCAGUCAGAAUUCAAACAUAAAAAUUUUUGAAAUAAAAUUUAUAUAUUUAAACAAUAUGUAAUUAAUGUAAGUCGCAAUAUGUAAUGAUUCGAAUUAUUAAAAUGUAGUAAUUGUAAAAGCAUGAUCAAAGAAAUAUUAAUUUAGCCAACGCAUCAUAUCAAGUGGAACGAGAGUAAUUAACAACUGUACUUCUCAAAUCAUGUUGAAAAACUCGGAUUUUUUUUUUUUAUUUUUUUAAAAAGGAGAGGAAAAAACAUUUUGGCCAAGAAGUCCAAUUCUUAAUAAAGGUUUGGCCCGUGUUCUCCAAAGUUCCUGACAAUAAAAAGGAAGCAGCUCGACCACCUUGUAUGUUGCUUGUUGAUUUAAAAAAAAAAAAAAAAAAUCCUUUGUCAAACAAUUUUGGACCUCAGAAAAAAGCUUACUUAAAAUCCCAAAAUGUAUUUUCAAGAAUCUGCAACAGAAGAUUCAGCCAGCACCCCCCACUGCUCUCCACCCCAUCAAUUUCAAGCCCCAACAAAGGCCAAAAAAGAACAUAAUGGUUGGAACUUUUUCUGGGUCUGGAAGAUCAUUAGCUGAUACUCAUUCUUCUUCUCCAUGUUUGUGCUUGAAUUCUAGUCUUAACUCAGG